CAUAAUUCACUACGUACAUAUAUAAUAUAUACACACAAAAAUGAAAUCAAGUAUGGCUCGUAAGCUUGCCUUCGCGGUUCUCGUGGUUGCGAUGCUCUUCUCUUGCGCCAUGGCUGCAAGGAUGGCCUCCACGGGUAUGUAUCGUACUGUGUAACUGGACAGAGUUAUAUUUCCUAUUGGAGUCGUAUAAGUCAUGUAAUUUUUUUGUACUGGUGUUAGGAUUGUUAUAGUAGUCAAAUCGUUCAUUGUACUCUGUAUAAACCCUCUAGCUAUAUGAUUUCAGUAAUAAUACACAACCGUUUCCACCGAUUUCUCAAACCAUAACUAACUAACUAACUAACAGUUACCUCCUUCGUUUUUGGGAUGUUUAAUUGCAGAGCAAGGGUUUCAUCAGAGGCGGUUUCUCGGCCGCUGCCCACGUCCCACAAUUUGCUGUGGUCAUAAUGGCAACGUCAACGACCCGACCAAUUGUGGAUUUUGUUGUUAAUCCUAAUAUUAUCUCUUUAGAAACAAAUUAUGUAUUUGUCUCAAAACUCAAAUAGUGCUGUUGCUAUUGCUCUACAUUGUAAGUGGCUCAUCUUAAAAAGCAAUAAAUGGGCCUUGGCCAACUGGACCAAAGCGGAUGCAUGAGUUUUGAUUAAGCGAUGGGCCGGAAACUUAAGAGAGUGAAAAAAGCCCAACAAUGGGUUUUGAUGGUGGGCUCGCGUAAGAACGGGGCCAAAUUACUUGCUUUGCUUGGUUACCUAUCUCGAUCGAGACAGAGGAAAGAAGCUUUCAACUUCCCCUGUUCGUCCUUUGUUCUUCAUCAAACCCAGAAAUAUAGCAGCAAAACUGAAUAAUCAAAGAGCAAGUAGUUCCCAACAUCGUCAUUGAUUCUUAUCGCUGUAUCACAUCUCUGUGUACAAGCGAGGUAACAUCAAACAUGGAUGCCCGGUAGGACAAGUUUGACUAUAAUUCGUUACGCACACUAUUUGUAUAAUUUCUACACGAUAUUUAACUUCAUCGAAUUAACUUCGACUUAAUUCAUUAAUCUCUCGACUCGUCUAUCUUUCAUGAAUUGUGAAAAUCGUAUUACCAAUCAAACCACCACACAGAAGAAGCUAAUACUACUAUGAUUAAAUCAAACCAAUUCAAUAAUUCAUACAUACUACUGUUGGUACAAGAGACCUGUACAAAAUCACCAACACCUACCACAAAAUCAGACAGAAAAAGCACGUGAAUUUGCGAUAAGUUGGUGGGCAGCUCCAAUAAUCUAUUCAGAUAAUCUGCUGCCUCUUUUAAUUUUUCUGUUUUUUCAUGAAUUAGAUUAUCUGAAGAUUCGAUUCUCCCAAUCCAUGGCCUCAAAUGGCCGACAUCAAUUGGGGGAAAGAAAAAACAAGGGAAGAAGACAAAAGGGAACAGAAAACGGGCGGGCCAGUGAGCAUUCGGUCUUUCUAUACACACUUCCAAAGUCCACUGAGCAAGCCGCAUCUUCUACGAAAUCUGCAAUCCAUCGAAAGCUUCAGCUGAAAAAAUAUGGAACCCAAUACGAAUCGUCCACAGCGGGUUGCAGUGGUUACAGGAGCUAACAAGGGGAUUGGUUUAGAAACCGUGAGGCAGCUGGCUAGCCAUGGAGUCACGGUGGUGCUUACGGCUAGAGAUGCUAAGCGAGGGAGCGAUGCAGCUUCGAAGCUCCACCAGAUGGGUUUCCCCAAUGUGAUCUUCCAUCAGCUUGAUGUUUUAGAUCCGGUCAGCAUCCAGAACUUGGCCGAAUUCUUGAAGGGGAAGUUCGGCAAGCUCGAUAUUUUGGUAAAUAAUGCUGCAGCUUCAGGUGUUGAAGUUGAUGAGCAGCGAUUGAGGGACAUGAACAUUGAAGUUGACACUUGGCUUUCAGGGAAAGCUGUAAACUUGGUCCAGGAUGUGAUGAAGCACACUUAUGAGAAGGCAGAGGAAUGCUUGAAUACUAACUACUAUGCUGUCAAGAACUUGACAGAGUCCCUCCUCCCACUGCUCCAGCUCUCCGAUUCCGGUGCCAGGAUUGUGAAUGUCACAUCUCUCAGGGGGGAGCUAUGGAGGAUUCGCAGCGAUGAUCUGAGGAAGGAAUUUGCAGAGGUGGAAUCACUGAGCGAAGAGAAACUGGACGAGAUAUUGAAGAGGUUCCUGCACGAUUUCAAAGAGAACAAACUCGAAGCUGGAGGCUGGUCACUGAUGCUGCCAUCUUACAGCGUCUCGAAGGUAACCCUCAAUGCUUACACGAGGAUGCUGGCGAGAAGGCACCCGAAUAUGAAGAUCAACUGCGUUCAUCCGGGUUACGUGAACACGGAUUUGAACUGGCAUACUGGACCAAUGCCGGUGGAAGAAGGUGCCAGAGGUUCUGUGAAGUGUGCUCUCUUGCCGAACGAUGGUCCUACUGGCUGCUACUUUGAUCAAACUGAGGUUGCCAGCUUCUGAAUGUGAACAACAAAUUUGCAGUACUGGUCUGAGUUUCUGGUUUUUUCUGCUGUAAUAAUUAAGGAAACUACGUCCUAGUGACUGCUUGUCAGUUUUUACAGACCCGAGUCUGCUGAGUUUGAAAUGAAUCUUACAUAUGAUAUUUUUUUUUUCCCAAUCGAACUACAGUUUCACAGGCAAUGAUUAGGAGGGUAAUUUAUUAAAAUCGUAAUAUAUUUUUUUGACCAAU